GGCCACCAUGAGUUUAUUGUCUGACAGUUAAGAUUCUGGCAUUUUAAAUACUAAGAAAUACCCUUCAAGUUCAAACCAACAAUUGCUAACCAAAUCUUAAACCCCCUUUUUUUUCUUUUAACCUUGAACAAGUACAAACAUAGAAUUUGACUUGCAAAUCUCACCCUUAAUGUCAAAAUUGACAUGCCUCAUCACACGAAACUAAACUAUAAAUACAGUCUCUGAAAUUAAAAUAUACAAACAUUCUUUAAGUUCAACUUCUCAUGCAUAUUUACUACAUACUUAUUAUUCACUAAUCAAAAUGUCAGGAUUUGAAGAAGAAAAUCAAGCACAAAGAGCUUUCGGAUGGGCAGCUUCCGACUCUUCAGGAACUCUUCAUCCUUUCCAUUUCGCUAGAAGGGCCAAUGGUGAGAAUGAUAUAACACUCAAGAUUCUUUAUUGCGGGAUUUGUCGAACUGAUCUCGACACUGUCAAUAAUACUUAUGGAAUUUCUCUCUACGCUGUCCUCCCCGGACAUGAGAUUGUGGGAGAGGUGAUCCAAGUGGGGGCCAAAGUGCAAAAAUUCAAAGUUGGAGAUAAGGCAGGAGUGGGUUGUUUUAUAGGUUCAUGUGGCAGCUGCGAUGGUUGCCAAAACGACUUGGAAAGCUAUUGCCCUAAGAGCAUCACCACCUACACAAUCUUCGACAAUGGCGGAGAUAAAAACUACGGCGGAUAUUCAGACAUUCUUGUUGUUGAACAACACUUUGCAGUCCAUGUUCCUGAAAAUCUGGCAUUAGAGGGAGUUGCUCCAUUGCUUUGUGCAGGAAUCACAGUGUUUAGUCCCAUGAAAUUCUUUGGACUGGACAAGGCGGGAAUGCAUGUGGGUGUGGUUGGUCUUGGUGGAUUAAGCCAUCUUGCAGUAAAGUUUGGGAAGGCGUUUGGGAUGAAGAUGAGUGUGAUUAGUACAUCGCCGAGCAAAAAGAUUGAAGCAAUUGAACAACUUAAAGCUGAUUCAUUUGUUGUUAGUCAUGACAUGGAGCAAAUGGAGGGUGCUGUGGGUACACUGGAUGGCAUCAUUGCCACAAUCUCUCCAACUCAGUCUGUAUUGCCAUUACUCAAUCUUCUCAAGCUUAAUGGAAAGCUAAUAUUGUUAACCCCACCUGAUUUGCCCAAGCCAAUUGAGAUACCGAUUAUGCCUUUAUUUUCUGGUAGAAGAACAAUAUCAGCAAGCAUGGCAGGGGGAAUGAAGGAGACACAAGAGAUGAUAGAUUUUGCAGCAAAACAUAACAUUACUGCUAAUGUUGAAGUUAUUUCAACGGAUUAUGUAAAUAAAGCCAUGGAUCGUCUUGCUAAAGGAGAUGUUAGUUAUCGAUUUGUCAUCGACAUUGCAAAUACGCUCAAUCCUUAGCUAGAAAACAACUCUACCCAAAAUUGCAAGAAGAGAAUUCUCGUCAAAUUGCCUUUGGAUGGGCAGCUACAGAUUCUUCAGGAAUUCUUCAUCCUUUCCAUUUCACUAGAAGGUCCAUUUAUACCUCAUUCUUCUUUGUGUUUUUAUGAUUUCAAAUUCCAAAUGGGUUCAGUUUUACCGGUUAAACUGCAGGGCAAAU